GCCUUUUGCUGUGCACGACGACCGAGGCACUACAACGACUGCAGCAGCCCUUCCUCGAGGUUGAACGGACUCCCCAUUUGUCUCUUGGGUCUCAGCGACAUACUUCAGUUCGGCAUAUGGCUCCCUUACCGUACGCGGAGAUCAUCCGCAGGAGCAUCCCAGCCUCGUUCGCAUGGCCUCUCAAAUUCUGCACCGGCACAACAUUGGUCGCAUGGGCCCUCUCCGUCGUCACCGGGAACGUCUCACAAGUUGACCGGGUGUGGACCGUCCUGCCGACAAUCUACACCGCGUAUUUUGCGCUGUUGCCGCUAUGGCCCCAAGAGCCUCUGUUGCCAUUUUGGCCGUACACGCCAAAGGCCGUGCAUCCACUGGUAGGGGGAAAUUACAGUCCACGAGCGUUGUUAAUGCUGGUGUUGGUGUUCCUUUGGAUGUGCCGCUUGUCGUACAACACCUGGAGGAGAGGGUUGUUUAACCUCCAUGACGAAGACUACCGCUGGCAAAUCCUACGCGACAAGCUCCCCACGUGGCUCUUCCAGAUACUCAACUUUGUCUUCAUAGCUGUCAUCCAAAAUAUCAUCCUGUUCCUGCUCGGGAUCCCGACGCACAUUGCCGCCUUCCAGCAGCCAGCCCACCUCAGCACGUCCGACUACGUUCUGGGCGCGCUCGCUCUAGCCGACGUUUUGAUGGAGUUUGUCGCGGACAACCAACAAUACUCCUUCCAGACGUACAAGCACAGCGGCGUGCUGGAUAAGAACGAGUGGCCCGGCGCACGCAUCCAGUGGACGCCGCGCGACGCGAAGAGAGGGUUCGUGACGCGCGGGCUUUGGGCGUGGUCCCGCCACCCGAACUUCUUUUGCGAGCAGGCGUUCUGGGGCAUUAUCACGCUCUUCCCGCUGCUUGCCCCGGAGGCGCCUAACCUUUCGCUGCAGCAGACCCCUGUGACGUCCCUCUGGCCGCUCCUGCCCGCGCUCGUCCUGUGCACGCUCUUUGUCUCAUCCACGCAGUUCACGGAGAGCAUCUCGCUGUCGAAGUACCCACAAGCGUACAAGGCGUACCAGUCGCGCGUCUCGAUGUUCGUGCCGUUUCUGACGCCUGUCUGGGGCUUCGUCCUGCAGCUGAGCGGCAAGAAGGCGGAGGUGGACGAGGUGUUGUUCGGGCAGGGUCCGAACAAAGCAGGGAAGAACGAAUAAGCUGUUCAAGGUAUCAUAGCAUUCUUGCGUCUGUCUUGUUGUGUUGUUUCGCAUCAAAGCUCGGUAUAGCUGUCUGGAUGGACGAUGGAUCGCGUUCUUGUACAUUAGAGAGCAGCAAUCGUACCUCGGAGUUGUACGAUCGUACGACAGUAAUUCUGAACCCAACCGAUGUUGGAUUCACCGUGUCUCGUGUCCAGCGAAUGUGUCUUGUCGUCACUCUUGUUCCAAUAAUGCACGUUCUACCCAAACUCGCCAUCGUACAGGACUC